AGCUGAUCCACUAAGUGCUACCGUAUUGACAAACAAAUAACAAAGGCAAAACAGUUUAUAUCAAUUGUACAAAAUCCAUUGUUAAAAAAAACAAGGCUGAUUGUGAUUGAUACAGUCGACUGAAUCAUAAAAGCUGGAUUCUGGCCCGAAGAUUUCUAAAUGGUGAAAACAGUCCCGCUUCUGCCCCUUCCAUCGGUCUUCCACUAGCACUAUCAAGAUGAGCAUGCGCACACGUGCGUUGGUCUUCUCCACCUUCUUCGGCAGCUGUCUAGCCAUCGGCCUCCUGCUGGUUAGCAUGACGAGUAACCACUGGGUUCAAGCGACUCCACGCCGCAACUCCUCGGCGGAGGCUAAGGGCGAGGUAAACUUAGGACUCUUCUACGGCAACCAGCACCUGAAUCCCGGAUUCGGCGUGCGCACCUUUCCGGUUGAUGUUUACACGUUUGUCCGCACGGAGAACGGCGAAACCAGCUUCUGGCUCUGGCUUCUCACCACCUUAGGCACUGGCUUUGGCCUUCUGGCCUGCGCAGUGGCCGCUAUCGCCGCAGUCCUGAAGUCAGCCUCUGCGGCCAAGAAAGGCGGAACAAUGGUGCUUCUCCUGGCCGCUAAUAUAUCAGCUGCGGGGGCCCAGGUGGUGGCAUUUGGGGCAUGGCUGGUGCAGUUCUACAAAUACUUUACCCUCAACGUGCUUCUUGCGGAGCACCAACAACAGCACUGGUACAGCACUGGAUUGGCCUACCUUGGCUACAGCUUCUACCUGGUCGUGAUUUCCACCAUCGUGGUGCUGCUUAACAUCGCCGUUCUGUUGUACGCGGAGCGCAGAGAUCUCCGCGACCGCCAACGCCUGGAGCCGCCAAGUGACGACAAGAACAAGGCCGCCAUAAUGCUGUACUAAGGAAAAAAUUAGAAUUGUGAAUAAACCUCAAAGCAUUGCUCGGCAAGCGGACGAGCAGUGACACCAAGAAAUCUCAGUGGCUCAAAUGUUUGUGCCUUACUUAAGGAUGCCUUUUGCUUGCCAACCACAAGGCACAUUUAUAUACCCAAGAUUAGAUAAGCACUUACUUCAGGCUCACGGUGAACAUUCAGCGGCAUUGGAACCCUGGAGAACGUGUGCAUUUCACUGCCCGCACAUACCCAUAUUUAUUUACCAUAUUUAUAUACUCGUUUGACUUUUCUCUCUACUUUGUAUUUACUGCUACCGACAGCCAAGUAUUUAUAUGUGCAUAUUUACAAAUACAACAACAGUCAUUACUACAAAAUAGAAAA